CACACACCUCUCUUCCAUUUCACCCUGUUUCUAGAUGCACCCGUGAGCUCUGUGGCUCUCCGGAAAUCUGGGGAUUACGUCAUCACCCUGGGAACCAGGUUUGCUGCUUUGAAAUGGAAAGAGCAGCUGGUAACCACCAUUACUCACGUGGACAAGGAUAAACCAAACAACCGAUUCAAUGAUGGGAAAGUGGAUCCUGCUGGGAGGUAUUUCGCAGGUACAAUGGCUGAGGAGAUUCGACCCGCCGUGCUGGAAAGACACCAGGGCUCUCUGUAUACACUCUUACCCGACCUCUCAGUGGUGAAGCACUUUGAUCAGGUGGACAUUUCCAAUGGGCUGGACUGGUCGCUGGAUCACAAAACCUUCUUUUACAUUGACAGCUUGUCCUACUCAGUGGAUGCCUUUGAUUAUGACCUCCAAACUGGAAAAAUUGGCAACCGUAGGAGUAUAUACAAACUGGAAAAAGAGGAGAGCAUUCCUGAUGGGAUGUGCAUUGAUACAGAAGGCAAACUCUGGGUAGCUUGUUACAAUGGUGGGAGAGUGAUUCGUCUUGACCCUGAGACAGGAAAAAGACUCCAGACGGUCAAACUUCCUGUUGACAAGACAACUUCGUGCUGUUUCGGAGGGAAGGAUUAUUCAGAAAUGUAUGUGACUUCUGCCAGUGACGGGAUGGAUAAAGAGUGGCUCUCACGGCAACCGCAGGCUGGCGGGAUUUUCAAGAUAACAGGGCUAGGGGUGAAAGGAGUCCCACCGUAUCCAUUUGCAGGUUAAAUAUACAUUCUUCAGAAUGGAUUAGAGAGGACUGAUGCAAGCAAGACAAGUGGAAAGGUCUUAUUCUGGUGUUCAGCAUCUUUUGCUUUGAAACCAUGACAGUUAUAAUACCUCAUCAGGAAAGGAUGAAAAACUACUGAAAUACAUGGAAUAUUUUAAAACUGA